GAAACCUCGGCGACUCUUUACUCGUGGAGUAUAAAUAGAUCUUUUGACCAUCCUCUGUCUCGAAAACGGCAACUGCUUUUUUUUAUAGUCUCCGAUACAAGCUUUACUCACUCGCUCCCGCGCGCGCAGCGGCAGCCAUGGGUUUCUUCGGCGGAAAAUGGGGGCUCCGUCUAGGGUUUGUGUCGGCGAUUCUGUAUUUACAGGGCUUAUUUACUGUAUCUAUAGAGAGUGCAGAGAGGCCCAAUACACGGUUUCUUUUGAUGUCUAAUGUUACAUCUCGGGAAAGGCACUCUGUAGAAUAUUGUGCAAUGUAUGGUAUAUGUGGAGCACGCAGUGAUGGAAAAGUAGUGAACUGCCCCUAUGGUUCUCCAUCUGUGAAGCCAGACGAGCUGCUUUCUUCAAAGGUCCAAAGUUUGUGUCCAACAAUCACUGGCAAUGUUUGUUGUACAGAGGCUCAAUUUGACACUCUACGGGCCCAAGUCCAGCAAGCAAUUCCUUUACUUGUAGGAUGUCCUGCUUGCUUGAGGAACUUCUUGAAUUUGUUUUGUGAGCUUUCCUGCUCGCCAAAUCAAAGUUUAUUCAUCAAUGUGACUUCUAUUUCCAAGAUCAACAAUAACAUGACUGUGAACGGGAUUGAUUUUUUUGUAUCUGAUGCUUUUGGUGAAGGGUUAUAUAACUCCUGCAAGGAUGUAAAGUUUGGUACCAUGAAUAGUCGAGCCCUAGAAUUUAUUGGUGCCGGUGCUCAAAAUUUCAAAGACUGGUUUUCUUUUAUUGGUAGACGAGCUGGCCUUAAUAUGCCAGGUUCACCAUUUGCCAUUAAUUUCCUGUCAACUGCUACUGAGUCAUCUGGAAUGAAACCUAUGAAUGUAUCUACUUAUUCCUGCGGUGACACAUCACUGGGCUGUUCAUGUGGUGAUUGUCCUUCAUCUCCUGUCUGUUCUAAUUCGCUGCCUCCUUCCCCCAACAAAAAGGGUUCAUGUUCAGUGAGAAUUGGGUCUCUCAAGGCAAAAUGUAUUGAAUUUGCCUUAGCAAUCCUCUAUAUUAUAUUGGUUUCUUUGUUUUUUGGGUGGGGUUUGUUUCAUCGUACAAGAGAAAGGAACCCUGCUUCUAGAAGAAAGCCAUUGUUCCGUUCCAUGGAUGGUAGUGCACUCCAUUCCAUGAACAGGCAUAAAGAUGAGAACAUCCCUGUGCAGAAGUUUGAGGAUGCUCCUCAAGUUAGAAGUGGGGUUCAACUUUCAAUUGUGCAAGGAUACAUGUCAAAUUUCUACAGGAAAUAUGGAACAAUGGUUGCUAGACAUCCAACCCUUGUGUUGUUUUCAUCUUUGGCUUUAGUUCUUCUACUUUGUUUAGGUCUGAUCCAUUUCAAGGUGGAGACACGGCCUGAGAAGCUCUGGGUAGGGCCAGGAAGCAAAGCUGCAGAAGAGAAACAGUUUUUUGACAGCCACCUAGCCCCUUUUUACAGGAUAGAACAGCUUAUCUUGGCUACAAUUCCAGAUGCAAUUCAUGGCAAAUCUCCCAGUAUUGUGACAGAGAAAAACAUCAAAUUACUUUUUGAAAUACAAAGGAAGGUUGAUGGGAUCCGUGCCAAUUAUUCUGGGUCAGUGGUUUCUCUGACUGACAUUUGCAUGAAGCCACUUGGCCAGGAUUGUGCCACUCAAAGUGUUCUGCAGUAUUUCAAGUUCGAUGCCAAAAAUUAUGACGAUUAUGGAGGAGUUGAACAUGCUGAAUAUUGUUUUCAGAAUUAUGCAUCUGCGGAUAAAUGCAGGAGUGCUUUUAAAGCCCCACUUGAUCCAAGCACUGCAUUAGGGGGCUUCUCUGGGAACAAUUUUUCUGAGGCUUCUGCAUUUAUAGUGACUUAUCCUGUAAACAACGCGAUUGAUAAAGAAGGAAAUAGAACUCAAAAGGCAGUGGCUUGGGAAAAGGCUUUCAUUCAGCUAGCAAAAGAUGAGCUAUUGACAUUGGUGCAAUCUCAAAAUCUAACACUUUCAUUUUCAUCGGAAAGCUCGAUUGAGGAAGAACUAAAAAGAGAAAGUACCGCAGAUGCCAUAACUAUAUUGAUUAGCUAUCUUGUGAUGUUUGCUUACAUUUCUUUGACUUUGGGCGAUAUGAAUCGGGUAUCCUUCUUUUAUAUUUCCUCCAAGAUAUUGCUCGGUCUUUGUGGAGUUGCACUGGUCAUGCUCUCUGUUCUUGGUUCAGUAGGAUUCUUCAGUGCCAUUGGAGUAAAAUCUACACUAAUCAUCAUGGAAGUCAUUCCUUUUCUCGUUCUAGCUGUUGGUGUGGAUAACAUGUGUAUCCUGGUGCAUGCUGUUAAGCGGCAACCAUUGGAGCUGCCCCUAGAGGGACGAAUAAGUAAUGCACUUGUGGAAGUUGGACCAUCCAUUACACUUGCUAGUCUAUCGGAGGUUUUAGCUUUUGCAGUUGGAAGUUUUAUUCCUAUGCCUGCAUGUCGAGUGUUCUCCAUGUUUGCAGCAUUGGCUGUUCUCCUGGACUUCCUUUUGCAAAUUACUGCCUUUGUUGCAUUGAUAGUUUUUGACUUUUUGAGAGCUGAGGAUAGGAGAGUUGAUUGUUUUCCAUGUAUAAAAAUCCCUUCAUCAAACUCUGAUUCUGAUAAAGGUAUUGGUCAGAGGAAACCUGGUUUACUGGCUCGAUACAUGAAGGAGGUUCAUGCAUCCAUUCUCAGUAUUUGGGGAGUUAAAAUAGUUGUUGUUUCUGUCUUUGUUGCUUUUACAAUGGCAAGCAUUGCAUUAUGUACUAGGAUUGAACCUGGUCUGGAGCAAAAGAUUGUUCUGCCCCAAGACUCUUAUCUUCAGGGUUACUUUGAUAAUGUUUCAGAGUAUCUUAGAAUUGGGCCACCAUUGUAUUUUGUUGUGAAGAAUUACAACUAUAGUUCAGAAUCAAGGCAUACAAACCAGUUGUGCUCCAUUAGCCAAUGUGAUUCAGGUUCUCUUUUAAAUGAGAUCGCUCGAGCAUCCUUGAUACCAGAAUCAAGCUACAUUGCUAAACCAGCUGCUUCAUGGCUUGAUGAUUUCCUUGUCUGGCUCUCUCCGGAAGCCUUUGGUUGCUGUCGGAAAUUUUCAAAUGGAACUUAUUGUCCUCCCGAUGAUCAGCCUCCAUGUUGUUCUUCUGAUGGAAGUUCUUGUGGCUUGGGUGGAGUAUGCAAAGAUUGUACCACGUGUUUCCAUCACUCUGAUUUGCAUAAUGAUCGUCCAUCUACAGCACAAUUCAGGAAUAAACUUCCAUGGUUUCUUAGUUCUCUACCCUCUGCCGAUUGUGCUAAAGGUGGCCAUGGGGCGUACACUAACAGUGUGGAACUGAAAGGGUAUGAGAAUGGUGUUAUUCAAGCAUCAGAGUUCCGUACAUAUCACACACCCCUUAACAAGCAAAUAGACUAUGUUAAUUCAAUGAGGGCUGCACGAGAGUUCUCUUCAAAGGUUUCUGAUUCUUUAAAGAUCCAGAUAUUUCCAUAUUCAGUGUUUUACAUGUUUUUUGAGCAAUAUCUUGACAUAUGGAGAACAGCAUUGAUCAAUCUUGCUAUAGCUAUUGGUGCAGUAUUUAUUGUUUGUUUAGUUAUAACUUGCAGUCUAUGGAGUUCAGCAAUCAUUUUACUGGUGUUGGCUAUGAUUGUUGUGGAUCUCAUGGGUGUAAUGGCAAUUUUGAAUAUCCAGCUGAAUGCAGUGUCCAUUGUUAAUCUUGUGAUGUCUGUAGGCAUCGCUGUUGAGUUUUGCGUGCAUAUAACACAUGCUUUCUUGGUAAACAGCGGGGACAGAGACCAACGCAUUAAGGAGGCUCUGGGUACAAUGGGUGCUUCUGUCUUCAGUGGAAUUACACUCACAAAGCUUGUCGGGGUGAUCGUUCUUUGCUUUUCAAGGACAGAAGUUUUUGUGGUUUAUUACUUCCAAAUGUAUCUAGCAUUGGUCCUCCUUGGUUUCUUGCAUGGGCUUGUAUUUUUACCUGUAAUACUGAGCAUGUUUGGUCCGCCCUCGAGGUGUGUGGUAACCAACGGGCGAGAAAAUCAGCCAUCUGCCUCAUCUCAGCUAUAAGAAAACUGAUUUUCGUGCAUCAGAGAAAAGAAAAAGGAAGAAAAAAAAAAAAGCUCAUUUGUUUUUUUGGUAGGGUUGAAAUUUCUGUUGUUUUCAUAAAGCAAUUGCUUGUAUUAUUAUCAGUGCAAGGACAUUCUGAAAUGGCUUCAUGUGUGUAAAUUAAUUCAAAAAGUUCUAAUAA